UUAAACUGUCAUUCUCAAAAUAAUGAACGAGUUCAACGCUCUGAAAAGUUAUAGUGCGUUAUCGUUCCUAAAAGCUUAAGAAUGUUGCAAAGAAUACCAGAGAAUGGUUAAAACUUAAAAGUUGAAAAAAUUUAAUGCAGACAAUGCAAAUCCCUAAUAUAAAUUAGAAAACCUAAUGUUUAUAUUUGUUUAUGUGCUUUCGUUUCGGGAUCUAGAGCUUAAAGAAUGUUUGUCCGAUAAAUUAUAAGCCGUGUUUAAAAUAAAUGAUUUUUUUUAACAAUAAUAAACUAUUAUUCUUGUAUUAUUUAUAUAAUUUUCAGCGAAAAUGAGUGUUUCCGAUUUAACUCGAGAAAUUGUUGAUUCUAAUGCUGAUAGAUCAAAUCCACUAUCGAGAAAACUGAAUAAACUCUUAGAAGCCCGUUUAGAUUCUGAUAAAGAAACUUUAGAUGCACUUAGAGAUUUGUCUACCUUUUUCACUGAAAACAAUAUUGAAAAUCGAAGAAACUUGCGAAGUGAAAUUGAAAAGAGGAGCUUACGUGUAAAUGAAGAAUUCCUAGAUUCCUUUCGAGAUAUGAAAGAGGCUCUAGAUGAUUUUUACGAAGAUGUUAUGGCAAUGAAUGAUUGUUGCGGGGAAAUGAUGAAUCGGUUGCAGACUACAAAAUCUCAAACUCAUGACUUGAUCAACGAGACUACUAAAUUGCAAGCUGAAAGUCAAAAAAUACAGAUGAAGCAAGAAGUAACUCAAGCUUUUCUUGAUACUUUUCAUUUAAAGUCUGAAGAAGUUAAAGUUCUUAGAGGCACUAGAGAUGGAAAUUUAGAUGAAAAUUUUUUCAAGGCACUUGUUAGAGUUAAAACCAUACAUAAUAAUUGCAAAGUCCUUUUAAGAAGUAGCCAACAAACUGCUGGCAUAGAGAUUAUGGAAUCGAUGGCAUUACAACAAGAAGCUGCUUAUGAGAGAUUAUAUCGCUGGACUCAAAGUGAGUGUAGAUUAUUAAACAUCGAUUCUCCAGAAUUGAAUCCUUUAUUAUGUCAAGCUAUGGAAAGCUUGCAAGAUCGUCCUAUUCUUUUUCAAUACUCCUUAGACGAGUAUGCCACUGCUCGUAGAGCAGCAGUAGUGAGAUCGUUUAUUGAUGCAUUAACUAGAGGAGGUGUAAGUGGAACUCCUAAACCGAUAGAGAUGCAUUCGCAUGAUCCUCUACGGUAUGUUGGAGAUAUGCUAGCUUGGUUGCAUCAAGCAACAGCCUCAGAAAAAGAAGUGUUGGAAACUGUUUUAAAGAAAUGCACGUGUAAAGAUUUGAGUAAAGAGAUACAAACUUCUCUUUCCCACAUCACCGAAGGACUCUGCAGGCCACUGAAAGUGAGAGUUGAGCAAGUCAUUGUUUCUGAGCAGGGUGCUGUGACUCUUUUUAAACUUGGAUCUGUUUUGAAAUUUUAUUUACAUACUAUUCGACAAGUUAUGACUUCUGAAGCUGCUCUUUUGACAACAUUAGAGGAAAUGCUCACUUUAUCUCAAAAAAUGUUUUACAACAGCCUGUCUUGUCAUUGUAAUAGAAUUUUAGAAAAGAUUGACCUCCCACCGGCAGAUUUAGGUCCACCUGAAGGUCUUAAACAAACUUUAACACUAUUACGUGAAGUUUUAUCUUGCCAAGAUGCCUGCCUUGUUACUAUUGAUGACAGGCAAAAAGAUGUUCCGCAGAUUUUGACUGCUGUUAUAGAACCAUUACUUCAGAUGUGCCAUGUUUCAGCAUCAAAGCUUGCCAGUGCUGAUAUGGCUGCAUAUCUUGCCAAUUGUAUAUAUUUAAUCCAUUCAUCUCUGAUGUUAUUUGAAUACACUGACAAAUAUCUUGAAAUGCUUCAAGCUCAAAUGGAUGCCCAUUUAGAUACAUUAGUGAGUGAGCAAGCUUCAACAAUUGUGGGACAAUUAGGUUUAGGUGCCCUGUAUACUUCUCUUCAAGAUUUCCAGCCUAAGCAUGGACCCUUGUCUAGCCUUCCUGGUUGUGAUGCCUUGGCUGUUCAAGCUGCUGUUAAAAAACUUGAAAGUUUUCUUUCUUCUCCUGAUUCAUUGACGAUUCCACAAAGUAUUCUCCUCCUCUCUGCAUCUUUAAGGCAAACUCUUAGAAAAAGAUCAAUGGGGCUUCUCUGCAAUGCUUAUAGCCAAAUAUUUGAAGCUGUUAAUAUGCCGAACAACAACUAUCCUGAUCCAAGUCUAUUACUUCCAAGAACGCCAGAACAAGUUAAAAAUUUAAUUUUGUAAAAUAAAAUGUAUUUAUGAUUGUUA